UUAAUAAAUAUUAUGUAAGAACAAGAUAAAAUGAUGUUAUGAAUUACACAGAGUUGGGAUAGUCCUAUAAAUUAAAGGGCAUCCAGUAGUCUACCAGCCUAGCACUAUUUCUUUUCUUCUUUUCCACUAGAGGUGUAAGCUUCCCACAUUAAUGGAGUCUAAAGAUUCUUUGCAGGCUACUCUUUGGUAUUCCUUUUUCUUUCUCACCAUCCCCUUCUUUGUAACCUUUGUGCUGCUGUAUCUUCUAAGAUCAAAAUUCCGGUGCUGCAACUGUGAAAUUUGCACUAAUUACCUCUUAUCAGGAUGGUCAAGAGAGUUCAAGAAUAUCUGUGAUUGGUACACUCACCUUCUCCAAAAUUCUCCCAGACAAACGAUUCACAUUCAUGUGCUUGGCAACACAAUCACUGCAAAUCCUGACAAUGUUGAGUACAUUCUGAAAACAAAAUUCGAAAACUACCCAAAAGGCAGGCCCUUUUCUACGAUCCUUGGUGAUUUUCUAGGUAAAGGUAUUUUCAAUGUAGAUGGAGAUUUGUGGCUGUUUCAAAGAAAAAUGGCUAGUCUAGAGCUUGCAAGCGUCUCGAUUCGAAACUAUGCAUUUGAGAUUGUCAACACUGAGAUCAAGUGCCGCCUUCUCCCUCUGUUGACAUCAGCUGCUAAGAGUACAGAUGGUGGCCUAAUAGAUUUACAAGAUGUUUUCAGACGAUUUUCGUUCGAUAACAUUUGUAAAUUUUCUUUCGGGUUAGACCCCGGUUGUCUUGAAUCAUCAUUGCCGAUUUCUGUUUUCGCUGAGUCCUUCGAUCUUGCAUCGAAGUUGUCAGCAGAGAGGGCUAUGGCAACAUUGCCGUUAGUUUGGAAGAUCAAAAGGUAUUUCAACAUAGGCACAGAGAAGAAUCUCAAGGAAGCUAUUGAGGUUGUCAACAUUCUUGCUGAUGAGGUCAUCAUGCAGAAAAGGAAGUUAGGUUUCUCUACAAAUCAAGAUCUUCUAUCAAGAUUCAUGGCUUGCAUUACCGAUGAUCGAUACUUGAGAGACAUCGUGACAAGCUUUAUUUUGGCAGGCCGUGACACAAUGGCCUCAGCCCUGACAACACUCUUCUGGCUGCUAGCAAGCCACCCAAAUGUUGUGUCCAAGAUCAGAGAGGAGUCAAACCGAGUCCUGGCAUCAAAUCAAGAAUCUGCAAGCUAUGAACAAAUAAGGGAAAUGCAUUAUCUCCACGCGGUUGUUAAUGAAAGCCUGAGAUUAUACCCGCCAGUGCAAUUUGACUCAAAAUUUGCCAUGGAAGAUGAUGUCUUGCCUGAUGGGACUCUUGUUAGGAGGGGGACUCGGGUGACUUACCAUCCUUAUGCAAUGGGUCGAAUGGAAAGGAUUUGGGGCAUAGAUUGUAUGGAAUUUAGGCCAGAAAGGUGGCUUGAAAAUGGAACAUUUUGCCCAAUUAGUCCAUUCAAGUGCCCAGUUUUCCAGGCCGGGAUUAGAGUUUGCUUGGGGAAGGAAAUGUCACUUGUGGAGAUGAAAAUUGUAGCUCUUUCUGUAGUGCGUAGGUUUGACAUUAAAAUUGUACCACCGGAGGUUUCACCCCGGUUCAAUUCCGGCCUAACUGCAAUGCUAAGUGGUGGGCUUCAGGCAGAAAUUAGAGAAAGGGUCAUUGCAGCAUGAUAUUUUGUAUGUUUUUUUUUGUAUUUUUUUUAUUAUCAAUGUAUGGUAUGAUUCAUGGGUGCCA